UGAUGGACACUGCACACCGAGCCAGUUGUGUCAAGUUAUAGUCAGAGUGGGUCAGGUCGGACGCAUUCUUUGGCGUUCCUGCGUUCUGCUGAUGCUCGUGAUACCGUUGCACCUGUCAACUUGAGGAGAAUUUUAAGGAGAACCUGACUCGUCGGAUUAAUAUGCAUUUGCGCUGAUUCGAACGAUCUGGAGAUCUGCGAGUCCACGAGGAGGCUUUUAAAGCAACUCGGCUGGUUUCUGUCGAUCUCAAGCUCGUGGUUUGACAUGUCAAAUCCAUCGGAGCGCAUUAAUUAUGUACAAGAUAGUAGCAGUGAUACGGAGACUGAUUACAAGGAGAGCGACGGAAGAGGAAGGAAUCGCUUGUAUAAGAAUAGGCUGAGUUGUGGUGGCUCGUCGAAGCCGAAAUCUUGUCUGGUACAGAGGGACGGCAGCGACGAUCGGCAUUGUCAUUCUUUCAAUUCCGGCAGAAAUUCGCAGGGCAGUGCAAGUCUGACAAAUCAUCCGAACAGGAUUCGCUCGAACGUCGGCGUGGCGAAACAGAAUCAGAAUCAGUAUCAAAGCGGCAGCAGCAGCAGAGAUAACGCAAUGUCGGGGGCAACGACGACGGGCUCUACCACGGGCAGCAGCAAUCAGCCAGCCAGUGACGAAAGGAUUACCCUUAUCGUCGACAAUACCAGAUUUAUCGUCGAUCCAGCUUUGUUCACGGCGCAUCCAAACACCAUGUUGGGCCGCAUGUUCAGCUCGGGGAUAGAAUAUGCCCAGCCGAAUGAACGCGGCGAGUACGAGGUUGCCGACGGCAUUUCCGCCAUGGUAUUUCGCGCGAUCCUGGAGUAUUACAAAGGUGGAAUAAUCCGUUGCCCCCCGACUGUGAGUGUUCAAGAAUUGCGGGAGGCCUGCGAUUACCUGUUGGUGCCUUUCGAUGCCAGCACGGUCAAGUGCCAGAAUCUCAGAGGACUGUUACACGAGUUAUCGAACGAGGGUGCACGUUGCCAGUUUGAAGUGUUCCUGGAGGAUCUGAUUUUGCCUUUGAUGGUGAACAGCGCACGGCGCGGUGACCGCGAGUGUCACAUUGUUGUUCUACUCGAAGACGAUGUCGUCGACUGGGACGAGGAGUAUCCGCCCCAGAUGGGUGAAGAGUAUUCUCAAACUAUCAACAGCACGGCAAUGUAUCGUUUCUUCAAGUACAUCGAGAACCGGGACGUGGCGAAGCAAGUGAUGAAGGAGCGCGGUCUCAAAAAAAUCCGCUUAGGCAUCGAAGGUUAUCCAACCUACAAGGAGAAGGUGAAAAAACGUGCCGGUGGUCGCGCCGAAGUCAUCUACAAUUACGUUCAACGACCCUUCAUUCACAUGUCCUGGGAAAAGGAGGAGGCCAAGAGCCGUCACGUGGACUUUCAAUGCGUGAAGUCCAAGUCGGUGACGAAUCUUGCCGAAGCCACAGCCGAUCCUGUCCUGGACGCGGCUGGGAAUCCUAUGCUUCUUCAGGUGGCCGAAGGAGCGAUUCCCCAGUCAGAAGUGAUCGGACUAUCCAUGGGUGCGGAUGCUGACGUCGACGGGCCAAUGGGUUCCGGCUUGGAUCAAGACCUGGGCCCGCUGCCACCUGACGAAUUGCCGUGAAUUCGUGAAUGUAUUCAUUGCACACGUUGAUUUCCGAGGAGGAGCAAAAGACUCUGUAAUAGAUGUCGCAAAGCAUCCCUCGAAUCGAUUCGACCUCGCAUUCUGUUCUCUCACAUUCACGCGAAUUUCAAAGAGAUGCAUUGAAUUUGAUCCGAUAGUAUUACAAAAAACCACUAUUAAGUGUAUCGCAGCUUGGAGGCUCCCUCCCUCCCCCUCCCUUCCCCGCAAAGUUUUCUUUUCAUUCGAUUUGUCCUUAUUAAGGAAAUCCGUUUUAAAGACUUAUUUAAAGGAUGAUUAACAGAAGGAAAGACGAGGGAACGUUUUCAAUAAUCAUCAGAACGUGUCCGUUCCGUUUGCUUUGAAUGGUUCCCUCAAGUCGCGGCAUAUAUCCUGAUUCGAGAAUCCCUUUUGAGAGAUUAAAAAAACGACAUCUCGAAAAUUAAUGGAUUACUUUCUCUAGUGUUUUUCGGCGGAGCAGCUCUAUUCUACACGACACGUUAAUCGCAUCAAAUUAGAAAUUUAAUUUGAGAAAAGGUGGACAUUUUUCUCCUUACCUCAUUCUGCUUUGCUCAUGAGGUUCUUUCGUAAUUUUGUACAUACUAGUGGUUAGACUGACUUUUUUGCGAUUAUGUAAGUGUACGCGCGAAGCCACGAUCGAUGUAUCGUCUACUAUCACUGUCUUCUACUACUGUCUCGCUUAGCCGUUUUAUACCGAAUAUUAUUACAUUAUUACACUAAAUAAAGUUGAAUACGAUUUCUCAAU